AUGGCACAAUUGUCAGAUGUAUAUCGUGCAAUAGAUAUGUACAGCGAUGAUUGUAAAGAAAAUUAUGAAAAAUUAAUUGUUAUAUUUCAUGUUGUUGUGAUUUCGGCUCAAUAUAAAGUGUUCGGAAAUCAUGAACAUAAUGAAACAAUUCCAUGGAGUAAAAAAAUAAAUAAUACAUUAGAAAUUAAUUACAACAAUAAUGAAUCGAGUAACAUCAAAUGUACAUUUAAAUUGAAGGAAGAAGAAUUACACAUAUGA